GGGGUGGAGCGUGGCAGGGACCUUCAGGGUCAGAGCUCAGGGAACCGGGUCAGGACUAGACCGCGCCCGGUACUUUCCAAGCCGCUUGCUCACGGAGAGGGCGGGGCAUUCGCGGAAGGGGCGGGGCAUUCUCGGAGGAGGCGGGGCUUCACGGAAAGGGCUUAGCUAGCCUGAGGUCGUCUCCAGCUCCGCUGCUGAGGAGGAAGAUGUGAGCGGCAGGUCUGGCCUCCCGAGACGAUGCUCGCUGUGGUGGGCGCGGCGGCCGUGGUGCUGCUGGCCGGGGCGCCUUGGGUGCUGCCCUCAGCCGCAGGUGGAGAAAAUCUGAAACCUCCUGAGAAUAUAGACAUCUACAUUAUAGAUGACAACUAUACCCUGAAGUGGAGCAGCCACAGAGAGUCAAUGGGCAAUGUGACGUUUUCAGCGGAAUAUCAAGUAGAAGAAGUGGCAGAGUGGAUAAAAGUCCCUGAAUGUCAGCAUAUUCCAAGGACCAACUGCGAGUUUUCACUGAAAGUGAGUGCUUAUGACGACAUAAAGUUUCGUCUAAGAGCGGAGGAAGGGAACAGCACAUCUUCAUGGAAGGAGACCGAUCCAUUUAUUCCAGUCUACAAAGCUCACAUGAGCCCCCCAGGAGUACAUUUAGAAGCUGAAGAUAAAGCCAUACUAGUCCACAUCUCUCCUCCCGGACAAGGCGGGAGCAUGUGGGCACAGGAAAACUUCAGUUACAUGAUACUAAUCUGGCAGAAGUCUUCCAGUGUUAAAAAUAUUACUAAACCUACGUAUUAUCCAGUAAAGAUAUCAAAACUCUUGCCAGAGACUACUUACUGUUUGGAAGUUAAAGCAAUACACCAGUCGCAAAAGAACCCCAUCAACUCUAGUGCAGUGCAGUGUAUAAGGACCACAGUGGCAAAUAAAUUGCCUGUGCCAGAAAAUCUAGAAGUGGAUGCCAAAGGCAAGAGCUAUGUUCUGAAAUGGGACUAUGCAUCACCAAACAUGAGCUUCAAAGCACAGUGGAUCCCUGGCUAUUUAAAAUCUAGUUCUAGAAGCCAUUCAGAUACAUGGAAACCAAUACCUACCUGUACAAAUGUCUGGACUAUGCACUGUGCCUUUUCUCGAGCUACUGUCCACACAGGAACUUUCUUUCUCCGUGUACAAGCCUCAGAUGGAAACAACACGUCCUUUUGGUCUGAAGAGAAAUAUAUUGCUUCUCAAAACUACACGCUCCUUCCUCCUCCGGCCAUUGCUGUCACCCCCACGAGGGACACCUUGCUUGUUCGUGUCAGUGUCGACAAAUGUGAUGGAGUCACUUAUGAAAUCAUCUUUCGGGAAAACACUUCCAAUACUGAGAGAAGAAUGAUGCAGGAGCAUCCGGAGUUCACCCUUGGGACCCUGCAGCCGCUGACUGUGUACUGUGUCCAGGCCAAAGUGGUCUGCAGGGGCCUGCAGACUAAGAUGAGCAAAUUCAGUGAUGAGCUGUGUAAGAAAACACGUCCAGGGCAUUCUUCCAGGAUCUGGAUUAUAAUUGCAUUUGUUGGUGUGUUUUUCUCUGUCAUGGCCCUUUAUGCUGGGAGGAGCCUCCAGAAAUACCUGCAUUAUGUGUUCUUCCCACCACUCAAGCCUCCCCCUAGUAUUGAUGAGUUUUUCUCUGAGCCACCUUCAAAAACCCUUCUACUUCUGACUGCUGAGGAGCACACGGAAAGAUGCUUCAUCAUUGAACACACAGACACGGUUGCUGGAGGAGAACACCAUGCACCUGAGGAAGAUCUCAGGAAGUACAGUUCCCAGACCAGCCAGGACUCAGGGAACUAUUCCAAUGAAGACGAGGAAAGUGUGGGGACUGAGAGUGGCCAAGCUGUGCUCUCUACAGCUCCCUGCGGGAGGCCCUGCAGUGAGGCUUGGCCUCAUGGGACCUUGGGAGAUGGGACCUGCUUCCUGGGAAAUGAAAUGCACCUUCAGACCCCAUCCUGAGGACACAGCCAGCUCUCCACUGCUGACACGGGCUUGUCACAGUCUGGAGUACAUGUGCAUGAGGCAGGCUCCACUGAAGGUGGCUGCCAGUUUCUGCUGACAGCUUACACCCCAGGGUGCUGUUUGGUGCCACAGAUGAGGCUUACUUCUACACAGGCCAUCUGGCAGUUCUCUCUAGGUGUUCAUACUCCAGGAGACACUGGAGCAUUCACCUUUUUAAUCUUGCCACAGCCCCUCAGUAUUUCAAAGGUACUGUUGUCUACAGUAGUGCUUCCUAACCCAUAACUUAACCACAGCCAUGGCUUCCGACCAGAAGUCACUGAAACCAUAGAGAAAGGGGACGCUAAGUGCAGGAGCCGGCGUUGUUUCAGAGCUCAGUGUGGCCUGGAUGUUCACCUUGCACUCUAGUACUGUGGAACUAGAAAGUGCCAGGGAUGAAAAACAGAUGUGACAUUCAGUAAGAGAGGAGCUAGUGAAUCUGAUGAUAAAAGAAGACUAUGUGCAGUCAGUGUUUGUAUGACUGCCUUGUGUUAGUCUCCGUAGCCUUUCUGUGAUACUUUAUCAAGCCAGGCUGACCCUCUCUCCUCUGUCCAGCAGUGUUCAGGUCCCCCUUCCCAGCUCCAUGUACUUAAAAAACAAAGGGUCAGAUACCAGGUGAAGGAACAGUGUUGGCUGCACAGUGCUGCUGGCAGGUGCCUGUACGUAACCUUAAGUUGAUGUUCCAGGAGUCUGUUUUGUAGGCAGGACAUCUAGCAAUCCCGACAGCUCCAGGGCAGACUCUCAGUUGCAGGCCAAAAAGGAAGAGAUAGGACUGAUGGAUCAUAGCCAUGGUCCCCAUUGUGCUCAGUCCACUGUGCUGCCUACCCUGUGGUCACCACAGGAAAAGCUCCUUCUGCCAGAACAGCCUGCAAAGAAACAAGGCCUGGGAUGUGGGGACGGGGAAGCCCAGACGCUAACAGUAAGUUGUUACUUGGAGUUGUUUCAUCCUUCACAAGUGUGACACAGAUCUUCAGGUUGAGGCCCAAAACAAGUUGGUGGCAGAGGCAGUUGAGGAGGGGUCUUCACCUGAGCCUGGCCUUCGAGGUAAGCAAAGGCAGUUCCACUUGCAUGCUCCAUGACAGCCUGCAUGAAGUUUCCCAGGACACAGUGCCUGCUUGUGAUGUGACAGGGUUUUCCUGAACAGACUGGCUCUGUGGAUAAGGCACGUGUUCUCUUGUAUAGGACCUGAGUUCAGUCCCCAGCACCCACACGGUGCUUCACAACUGGCUGUGGCUUUAGCUCCAGUGGAUACAGCACUGGCUUCUGGUGGCCUCACACCAGGGAUGCACAGGUGCACAUAGGUGGAAGCAAGACACUGUACGCAGAGAGUAAAGCCUUUCUUUAAAAAAGAAACGCCAUGCACGUAAGGGUGCCAACUGCCUGACCUUUUUUAUCUUGAUAGUACUUGGAGAAGCUGAGCGCUGCCCAAGAUCCGUGUAAAGCCUCAUGACAGAGUGGUGCUCUCACACACACAUGUAAAUAGUAAUGGGCCCAUGCACACCUACACAGGGCAGCUGGCUGCACCCCACCAGAAUUGCCGUGAGCACCUCUUACAGAAAAGUCUACAGUUAAAAAUGCUGUUCUAGACUAGAAUCAUUUAAAGCCUGGGCAGAAAUGUAUAACCUACAAAAAUUUUCAUUUAAAACUAGGUCAGGCACAACUGUGCCUGGCUUGUUCCCUUCCCAGCUGCUAAGGAAUGUGGGGCCAACCUGAGUAACAUAUCAAGAGCCCAUUGGCUCAGUAUGUAUGUACAGGUGUAGUGUGUGUGUGUGUUUGUGUGUGUGUGUACACGCAUGCGUGUGUGCCUUUGUGUGUGUUUGCAAGAGCCCAUUGGCUCAGUAUGUACAGGUGUAGGGGUGUGUGUGUGUGUGUGUGUGUGUGUGUGUGUGUGUGUGUUCGUGCGCCUGUGUGUGCUUGUUUGUGUGUAUAUAGCCUUGUACUUCCCUCAGGACCUGGGGGAAUGUAUGAGAGAAGCCUUCCCCACCCUCACUGAAGCCUUGUGUACCUGUGUGCAUUGGUCCUUUGGUGUUUGUCUCCCUCUAUUGCAGAAGCUCUUUGAGCAGGGGCUAAGCUCCUCCCUGUGCCCCCAGCCCCUGUGGCAGUGCAAUGCUGGCACAGACGGUGCCUAGCAGCUAUCAAAUGAAUGAGAUCUGAAGUUGAAGCAGAUGAACGGUCUGGUGGUCUAUGGAAUGAAAUAACUGUGUUUCUAUGUGUCUGUGCAUCUCGUUUGUAUCUGGAUCCUUUUGUAUUUUUGUCUGGAGCCCCACUGUUGUAAAAUGACAGACAUUACAAACACUAGAACCAAGACUCUGGAUCUCAAGUGGUGCUCCUUUAAACUGGAAUCCUCGUGCUAGAGGUACUGUCUACAGCCUGUUCCUAACAGCAGGACUGUUACACUCUGGCUUUCUGGAUCCACACUGCUGUCCCUUCCAAGGGUUUCCAUCUCUCAUUCCUCCAUCUCUGGGGUCCCUUCUGCUCUAACUCAAGAGACUCAGAAGGUGAACAUAGUUUGUAUUUUUUAAUUUCCUUACAGAGAAGAAAAUAAUAAAUUCAUAUUUGUUCCCAA